CCGGUCUCCCUCCCUCCCUCCCCUUCCCUCCAUCCAGGUAGUUUCAUUCCGCUCCCCGCCCCCUCUUCCCUCCAGCUCCGCUUGGCCCCGCGCGCCAGCCACGAUCCCGACCCGGUCGCCGCGCCCCCCCCUCCCGCCUCCUCCGGCGCGCCCCGCCCGCCGGGCGAGCGGAGGGAGCCUAGCUAGCUCGGCGGCGGCCUCCGCCCUCCAGCGCCCGAUUGUUCGGCGGGUGGCGGCGGUGAGCAAGCCGUGGAGGAGUUCAUGGUCCUUGAGGCCGGAUGGAGUACGCCAUGUUCGGGUCCAGGCGGGUCGACGACGACACGGGGUUCAGGCGCCAGCGGACCGUCAGAUUCCGUGAAGAGAGGACAAAGGCGACGAUGCCUAUUCACCAGAAGCAGGCUGGUCCAGCUGCUCGCAAGCUCGGCGUGGGGAACUGGGGGAAGAACAGGAUCUUCGUAGCAGGGCAAGACCUUCCCCACAAGAGGAUCAUCGACCCAACGAGCGAUUUCAUCUUGUUAUGGAACUACGUCUUCCGCGUCUCGUGCUUCGUCGCUCUGUUCAUGGACCCUCUCUACUUCUACGUGCCUAAAAUCGUGUAUGGCAAAACUUCAUGCGUCGGGAAAGACAGGCACCUGGCCAUCAUCAUCACCGUCUUCCGGUCGAUUGCGGAUCUCUUUUAUGUCAUCCAGAUCGUGAUAAAGUUCAUGACCGCAUAUAUUAAUCCGAGCUCCAAGUCGGGGGUUUUCGGCAGAGGGGAGCUGGUUACAGAUCCUAAUGAAAUCGCGAAGACGUAUCUGAGAUCUGACUUUGUAGUUGAUCUAGUGGCUUCAAUUCCUGUACCACAGAUCAUUACUUGGUCCGUGAUACCAGCUAUUAAGUAUACUUGGUCCGGGCAUAAUAAUGACAUACUGUUCCUGGCUGCUCUUUUUCAGUACAUUCUGAGAUUAUAUCUAAUAUUUUCCUUGAAUAGCAAAAUUCUCAAAGUUACUGGAGCUUUUUCAAAGACUGCCUGGCAGGGAGCUGUGUCCAAUCUGCUAUUAUAUAUGACUGCCAGUCAUGUUUUAGGAGCAUUGUGGUACCUGCUGUCUGUUGAUCGCCAGACCGCAUGCUGGCAAAAAUACUGCAAUAAGGAAGAUGGUUGCCAUAAUAAAUACCUGUCUUGUAACGCAAAGCCAGAUCCAAAUUGGGCAAAGAGCAGUACUAUCUUUGAUGCCUGUAAUGCUAGUAACAAAACCUUAACUACUUUCGACUUUGGUAUGUUUGGGACAUUGUUAUCAAACAAAGCUCCAGGCCAUAGAUUCCUGAAGAAGUACUUGUAUUGCCUUUGGUGGGGCUUACAAAAUCUAAGUUGCUAUGGCCAGACUUUGGGUGUAAGUACCUAUAUUGGUGAGACAUUGUACGCCAUAUUCUUGGCGGUGCUUGGUCUAGUUUUGUUUGCCCAUUUGAUUGGGAAUGUUCAGACCUACCUACAAUCCAUCACUGCAAGGGUUGAGGAGUGGAGAGUAAAGCAAAGAGAUACCGAAGAGUGGAUGAAACAUCGCCAACUUCCUCCUGUACUACGGGAAAGGGUGAGAAGAUUUAUUCACUACAAGUGGCUUGCAACUCGAGGCGUGGACGAAGCAUCUAUAUUGAAGGCUCUGCCUGCAGAUCUUCGCCGCGACAUCAACCGUCACCUUUGCCUGGAUCUUGUUCGCCGGGUGCCAUUCUUCUCACAGAUGGACGACCAACUCCUCGACGCCAUCUGCGGGCGCCUCGUCUCGUCCCUGAGCACCAAGGGCACGUACACGGUCCGCGAGGGCGACCCGGUGACCGAGAUGCUCUUCAUCAUCCGCGGGAAGCUGGAGAGCUCAACCACGGACGGCGGCCGGACGGGCUUCUUCAACUCAAUCAUUCUCAAAUCCGGCGAUUUCUGCGGCGAAGAACUUCUCGGGUGGGCCCUCGUCCCCAGGCCGACCGUCAACCUGCCAUCUUCCACCAGGACGGUGAAGGCGCUCGUCGAGGUGGAGGCGUUCGCGCUCCAGGCCGAGGACCUCCGGUUCGUGGCCAGCCAGUUCAGGCGUCUUCACAGCAGGAAGCUGCAGCACACCUUCCGGUACUACUCCCACCACUGGAGGACCUGGGCGGCCUGCUUCAUCCAGGCCACCUGGCGCCGCCACAAGCGGCGGAGGCUGGCCAGGGACCUCAUGAUGAGGGAGUCCUUCUCCUCCAUGCGAUCGUAUGAGGAUGGUGAUGGCGGUGGCUCCUUCGCCGAGCACAGGCGGUCGGUGAAGAUCAUGGCCGCGGCCAGGAAAGGGUCUGAUGGCCACAGGGAGCUGCCCAAGUUCCGGAAGCCCUCCGAGCCGGAUUUCUCGGUGGAGCACGACGACUAAGGAGAAAGGGUUGAUAUAUUUAUUUUUCGCUAUGACGGCGAUCGCUGAUCGCAGGCUGAGGCGUCCUUUGCGAUGAUCUGUAAAUAUGAAGCUGAGUUUGGGACUCAAGCUCACUGGUGACUGACUGCUCAUCUCAGGGAAAUGCUCAAGCUAGAUUUGGGGCAGGGUAGACUGGUUGGCUUCUGGGGUUCUGGGAACGGUAGGACAGUUGCUGUAGGGUUAGCUUUAGGAUGCUCAUAUUGUACAUCCAGAUGUAAUUAUGUUUGAGUUAUUCUUGUGACCUCAAAGGGGCACACUGCUGCUUGUAUUGACUAGUAAGUGUGCACGUGCAACGCACGUCUAUUUAAACUAAUAAGUAUGCACGUGCAACA